AUGGAGAAAGUUACUCUAAAUCAGGCUCGCCAAGAUGUCCCUUCAACUACUUAUGCUGAUAAUGGUAUUAGUGGUGAUAGAAAAUUAUGGAGUGACAAGGUUGAAGAAAGUGAGAUUGCAAGAGGGCAUGAUGUUGAGGAUUUGUUCAGCAUCAGCAGGUCCAGUGGAAGUUAUGUUUGGCAAGAAUUCAAUGUUGGAUUUGGUUGGCGGGCUGGUGGCAAUGGUGGUGGUUUAAUGGCGGUAAUCUUGAAUUUAUGGCGAUUGUUUGACGGUAAUGAUGGAUAUGGUCGUGGUGAAAUUGAUUGUGGUGGUAGUGGCGGAUAUGGUGGUUGUGAAAUUGGUGGUGGCAGAUAUGGUUGUGGUAAAAUUGGUGGUGGGGGUGGUGGCGGAUACGGUGGUUCUAGUAAAAUGGGGUGGUGA